CCUCACCUAAUCCAUCUCACCAUCUUACACUUGUCCCCCAUACACCAUGGCUGUCCCUCUCGUCUACAAAGGUUCCCUCGCUGGGCACAGUGGCUGGGUCACCGCCAUAGCUACUUCCUCAGAAAACCCUGAUAUGUUGUUGACUGCUUCUAGGGACCACACUUGUAUCCUAUGGCAACUCACUCGAGACGAUUCAGUCGGUUUCCCCAAAAAAAUCCUUCACGGUCAUAACCAUUUCGUUUCUGACGUUGUCAUUUCUUCAGACGGUCAAUUCGCUUUGUCCGCUUCUUGGGAUAAGACUUUACGUCUUUGGGAUUUGAACACUGGUCAAACCACCAGGAGGUUUGUAGGACAUAAAGGAGAUGUCAUGUCUGUCUCCUUCUCCGCAGACAACAGACAGAUCGUCUCUGCUUCCAGGGACAAGACGAUAAAGCUUUGGAACACUCUCGGAGAAUGUAAAUUCGACAUUGUCGAGGAUGGCCAUAGCGAGUGGGUCUCUUGCGUCCGAUUCUCCCCUAACCCGGUCAUCCCCGUUAUCGUCUCUUGCGGUUGGGAUAAAGUGGUCAAAGUCUGGGAAUUGAACAAAUGUAAGCUCAAGACAAACCACUUUGGUCACACUGGUUACAUCAACACUCUCGCCGUUUCCCCCGAUGGCUCGUUGGCUGCUUCAGGUGGGAAAGACGGUAUCACCAUGUUGUGGGAUUUGAACGAGGGUAAACAUUUGUAUUCUCUCGAAGCUGGUGAUGUGGUCAACGCCUUGGUGUUCAGUCCCAACCGAUACUGGCUCUGUGCUGCGACUGCGAGCAGUAUCAAGAUCUUUGAUUUGGAGUCGAAAUCCAUCGUCGACGAUCUCAAACCCGAUUUCCCCGACCUUGGACCCAACACCCGCAGGCCGGAAUGUACCUCGCUCGCCUGGUCCGCAGAUGGAGAGACGUUGUUCGCUGGGUUCGCCGAUAACCUCAUCAGGGUCUGGGUGGUGGUUGCGUGAUGUGAUGAUGCAUUUUCGUAUCUGUGCCCCGGGGGUAGGUGUGCGGCGUCAACACCGUGCGCCUCUCCUGGAAAACUA